GGCGAUACUGCAGGGGGCGGAGCUAGACCGCCACCAGCGGGCACGAGAAAGGGAAGGCGGCGUGCUGGGCGCGCCGGAGAGUCUGCCCGUCCUGCCUCAGCCUGUGUGCGGCUGGUUCCCGCGGCGUGUGCGUGGCUGUUUCCCGGACUCUGUGAGUCAGCAGUGGUUGGAGCUGCAUAGCUUGUGCCAUGGACUCUCAGGUCAGCAAUGGCUCAGGCCUGGAGGCUGAGCACAUCACAAACCUGCUGGUGUUUGGCUUUCUCCAAAACUCCAAGUAUAAUUUCAAUCAAGAACUGGAGGCACUAAGUCAGGAGCUGCCCGUGCAAGUUUACCCGGAUGCAGACUUGGAGGAUGAGCUGCAGACUGACGGCAGCCGAGCCAGCCGCUUCUUCUACCAUGGAAGAAUACAGCCAGAUUCUGAAAGUCAGGAGUCGGCCAUCCAGAACGUUGCCCGACGUCUUGCCCAGCUAGGCGAUGAGAUGGACCACAGGAUCCAGCCCACACUGGUGAGGCAGCUGGCAGCGCAGUUCAUGAACACCGGCCUGUCAGAGGAGGACAGACGGAACUGCCUGGCCAAAGCCCUGGAUGAGAUGAAGACGUCUUUCCCUAGAGACAUGGAGAAUGAAAAGGCCAUGCUGAUAAUGACCUUGCUAUUGGCCAGAAAUGUGGCCAAUCAUGCACCAUCCUUACUCCAUGAUGUCUUCCGCACGACAGUGACCUUUAUUAACCAGAAUUUAUUCACCUAUGUGAGGAACUUGCUUAGAAAUGAGAUGGACUGAGGACGCCUGCAGAAGCGUGGCUGGCCGACACCCACGAUGGCGAACCAAUGAAGCUGACUCCAGAGGAAACUCGGCCAUGGAAACACAAGCUGGAGUGAAGACAGGUCCCAGAUAAUAGCUGCCUCCCUAUUCUCAGGACAGUGUUUUGGGCUGGUGACUCGGUUUCUCCAUUGAGCUAGUCUAAUGAAGAUGCCAGCGUGUGCGUAUCUGAAGGGCUUGCGUCAGCUCCUGCAUCUGCUCCAUGUAUUUUUGUCUAAGCUGUACGGGUUCCCACUUGAAAAUUAAACUUAAAAGCAGGUUGUAAGGCAGAAAGACUUAUACUGUGAAGUUACUGUUCAUGAGAGGCUAGCCUGGGUUGCUGUUUCAGGACAGUGCUAGCAGGGGUGCCCUGGCCCUGGAGUGAGAACUCCACCCAGUGCAGGGGACAUCUCAGUGCACAGACGGCCACAGCCUUCCUUUGUAAAAGCUGAACAGCAAUGAGGUUUGAGUCUAUGACUCUGUUCUCAAACCACCCCUCCCCGCCCCACCCAUAAGCAAGGGUUUAGCUGUUUCAAGGGACUGUUUUUCUAAAGAUUGCUGAGUUGUGCACACAAAUUCAGUCACUACAAUCAGGUUUGCUAGGAAACACAUUUACACAAGAAAAUGAAAUACCAGAGUCAACCGGAAAUAACAGGAGAGAUCUAAAACAGCAGCCAGUAAUCCAAACAGUAGCCUUGUCACCUCCCACUGUGCGGUGGCCACCAUCUUAGUCAAGUUUCCAGAGGUAAUUUCCAGACACAUCUGAUUGACAUUCUUGGUUGUAAAGCAGUAUUGCCAUUCGUCCUCACCGGGCCAACGUUUUGGAAAGAUUCCAUGUGUCAAAGCCAAAUGUCCCCUUUGCUUUUGUAUUUCAGAGCUAAGGUCUUGCUGUGUAUCCUCAAACGCAGGGCGAUUCUCCUGCUAACUUUCCUAAUGCUGGAAUUGCAGGCAUGAGCCACCACUACCUGCUAAGUGUUCCAAUUUUUAAGUCAUCGCAGCCAUGACGGCCUGGUAUAUCAUGGAAACUGGUGGGUUUUUUCUUUAGGAACAUGAUCCUUGUGUGGGUGUAAUUGAGAGAUGAUUUUAAUUCAGAGAAUAUUUUUCAUUCUGUUUAAAAGUAUGUGAAUUGAUAUGAUAGAAAUUUGUUCAAAAUAAAAGGCUUUCUUUAAAGGAUGCUUAGCGACAUCUCCUAGGCGAUCUAGUGCAUCAGAAGGUCACAGCAUUCCCAAUGACCUUCAGAACCUAGCAUAAACAGUGUUUGGGGGCACAGCGACUUCACUGGCUGUGCCAACUGGGAACUCAGGUGUGGUUUGAAUGGCAGGAUUGUGCUUCGGGACUAAGGCAAACCAAGUAUGCGUGCACUUAAGAGACUACAAAACAUUACCUGAAGUAAUCCCCCUACGCCGACAGCAGUGGACAAAACCAUGAGUCAUUAGUUAUCAGAAAAGCUCGUUUUAUUGUCACCUCCAGGGUGUUUCCCCAAGAAGUUGCUACUGUCUGGAA